CGCGCUGCGAGCGGGGCGGGGGGCACGGCCGAGCGAGCGAACAAUAAGCGGGUGUGUUGUGCCCGUCCCCCGCGGGGCUCGGGACGGCGCCGCGCACUCGGGGCGCUCCACGCGCGACAAACCGCGGGAGGGGCGGGACCGCCGUGACACCCGGCGGUAACCGCGGCGGGGCUUCCCCUCUGCUCCUUUCCUCUCCCCGCAGCCGUUCCUGCUGAAAUGCGGCGCCCCACGCUGGCAUGAGCCCCCCCGUCGGGAGCAGAGCGCCCCGGGCACCGCCGCUUUCCCUGGCCGCUGCUCGGUGUCGGGAAGAACGCGCUGUCGCCGACUGUGGCCGAUUGUCGCCGCGGAGCCGCCGCUCGCAGCAGCGCCGGACGCGGGACGGACGUCCUUUUUGUAGCUGGAUUCAAGCCAAGAACCUCUACCCACAGCUGCCAAGCCUGACAUCCCUACUGACCUGCUGGCUCCAGCAGGGGCACACUGGAAGCAUGGCUACAAGUGCUGUUCCCAGCGAAAACCUCCCCACGUACAAGCUGGUGGUGGUUGGAGACGGUGGUGUGGGGAAGAGCGCUCUCACUAUUCAGUUUUUCCAGAAGAUUUUUGUGCCAGACUAUGACCCAACUAUUGAGGACUCCUACCUGAAGCAUACAGAAAUAGAUGGGCAGUGGGCAAUUCUUGAUGUUCUGGACACGGCAGGCCAGGAGGAGUUCAGUGCAAUGCGGGAGCAGUACAUGAGGACUGGAGAUGGUUUCCUGAUCGUCUACUCGGUGACAGACAAGGCCAGCUUCGAGCACGUGGACCGGUUCCACCAGCUGAUCCUCCGAGUCAAGGACAGGGAGUCUUUUCCAAUGAUUUUGGUGGCAAACAAAGUUGAUCUAAUGCACUUACGGAAAAUUACAAGAGAACAGGGGAGAGAAAUGGCAACAAAACACAACAUUCCCUAUAUAGAAACGAGUGCCAAGGACCCUCCUCUGAACGUGGACAAGGCCUUCCAUGAUCUGGUGAGGGUAAUAAGGCAACAGAUCCCAGAGAAAAGCCAGAAGAAGAAGAAAAAGACCAAAUGGCGAGGGGACAGAGCCACGGGCUCCCAUAAACUCCAGUGCGUGAUUUUGUGAUGGGACACCCUGGGAGUGCCUCGGACGCCUCCCUCCUCCCCUGCUGACCCCCUGCCAGCCCAGGCAAGGAGCCACAGCUGGGUGCUGAUGCCCACACGGCCCCCGGGGCUCCCCACGGCGGCUCAGACUCGCAGGAGGCGGCUCAGAGGGUCCGGACCCCAGAGAGGGGCUGCACGUCAGGGCCAGCGUGGGAGCUGUGCCAGUGGGGGGCACAUUGAUCAGCAGGACCUCGACUCUCAAAGAUCCCCAGCACCUUCCAGGGGCCUCCAUGAUGUUUAUUAGAAAAAAAAAAAAAACAAACACCAA